GUGGUCACGUGACCUAGGCCCCGCGGGAGCCAAGGUGCGCGUUCCAGCUUCCGGAGCCGGAGGGGGGCCGGCGUGCCCAGCCCCAAACCCACGACCCGUCGCGACCAUGCUGUCCCGCCUGCUGAAAGAACACCAGGCCAAGCAGAAUGAACGCAAAGAGCUGCAGGAGAAGAGGAGGCGAGAGGCUAUUGCUGCAGCGACCUGCCUGACAGAAGCUUUGGUGGAUCACCUCAAUGUGGGUGUGGCCCAGGCCUACAUGAACCAGAGAAAGCUGGACCAUGAGGUGAAGACCCUACAAGUCCAGGCUGCCCAAUUUGCCAAGCAGACAGGCCAGUGGAUCGGGAUGGUGGAGAACUUCAACCAGGCACUCAAGGAGAUCGGGGAUGUGGAGAACUGGGCUCGGAGCAUCGAGCUGGACAUGCGCACCAUUGCCACGGCACUGGAAUAUGUCUACAAAGGGCAGCUGCAGUCUGCCCCCUCCUAGUCCCUGUCCCUCCCACCCCAUCCCUCCUACCUCAUCCGCAGGGGCAGGAGGGAGACUGACAGGCCAUGAAUAAAACAGGAGCCUCUGUUUCUA